UACCCCUUUAUAUACAACCCACUAACUUCACUCACUCAAUCACCACGAUUUCAAAAAUCUUCUCUCUUCUCUCCUUUCAUAGAUUCUUAGUUUACUCACUACUUUGAGUUAACAAUAUUUUACAUCUUUGUUUCUUUCAAGAAAAACCAGCUAGCAAUGGCACUUGAAGCUUUGAACUCUCCAACUACCACAACUCCACCAUCAUUUAAAUUUGAAACUACCAGUACUCAAAAUUACCUUGAGUCUUGGACUAAGGGCAAGAGAUCAAAUCGACCUCGUAGCAUCAUGGAGCAACAACCAAUUAGUACGGAAGAAGAAUACUUAGCUUUUUGUCUUCUCAUGCUCGCACGUAGCUGUAAUAAUAAUUUUACUGCUACAAUUAGUUCAACAACACCAACUAUAUCAAAUAAUUUGUACAAGUGUUCGGUGUGUGGUAAGUCUUUUGGUUCUUAUCAAGCUUUAGGAGGACACAAAGCUAGUCACCGUACUAAACUACUUCUUAACGGGGAAGUCAACGAACACUCCGUUACAACCAUGAAUAGUGCCACGUCAGCUAACGCCGUUAGUGGAAGGACUCACGAGUGUUCCAUUUGUCACAAGACUUUUUCAACUGGACAAGCUUUGGGUGGUCAUAAAAGGUGUCACUACGAGGGGAAGAUGACGUCAUCGUCAUCGAGCGGUGUGGGGUCCACGAGCAGCCAGCGUGGCGGCUUUGACUUGAAUAUUCCGGCUUUGCCAGAAUUUUGGCCGGGUUUUGGCUCGGGCGAGGAUGAGGUGGAAAGUCCUCAUCCUGCUAAAAAAUCGCGACAAUUUCUGCCAAGUAAACUUGAAUUGUUCCAACAACAAUAGGAUUUGAGGACUUGAACAAAGCCAUACAAAUUUAGUUGACGAGUUAGUUCUUCAAUUAGUUGUUACAUGUUUCAUGGGAGGGUGAAUAAUUUGUUUUUUUUUUUUUUUUUGGAAUACACUUGGUGAAAGGGAUUAUUUGAUUAUUUAAUUUAUAUUUUCA